UUCACGGGGAGCAUCUAAACAUUAACCGUUGAGGUUUUAUUCUAAGAAAAAACCGUGGGUACGAGCUAAAAAUAAAUUGCAACGAUGGAAGAGUCCACUAAACUGGCUGUCAAAUGGUUGGAGUUGGUUCCCGUGGCAGCAUCUACUCAGCGUGCGCGAGACGCACCACCACAUGACUUCAUACUGAGGGGGUAGUUGGCAUCCUCCUCCUAGAAGUCUAAAACAAGGGGCUCUAACAUCAGAGAGAGAGAGACACAGCCACAGCCCUUCUCCCCUUCCCCUCAUCCUCCUUUCUUCUCCCAUUGGACAGAGAGAGAGCAAGGGAAAGAGCGAGUGAAAGUGAGAAAGAAGAGGGAGACAUGUACCAAACACUCCUCCUCUCCUCCUCGCUCUUCAUCCUCCAUGUGACGGCCACUCCACAGUUCCACGGUCACCACGGGAGGAGGGUGUGUGGCAGAGAUAUUCAUCACAGCAGUGUCAUCAUGACGACAGAGUCAUUCGUCCAGCCCGUUCACAAACCCUACAUCACCCUGUGUCAGGGGCACCGCCUCUGUAGCACCUACAAGACAGUGUACAGGGUGGCGUACCGUCAGGUGACCAGAGCAGUGCCAGUCUCACACUCUUACCCAGAAUGCUGCCCGGGUUGGCGACGACUCCACUCACACAACUGUAACCAAGCGGUGUGUGGCCAGUCCUGUGUGAACGGAGGAACAUGUUUAAGACCCAACCACUGCGCCUGUCCUCUGGGAUGGAUGGGUCGCCACUGCCAAACAGAUGUGGAUGAGUGCAGUGAGCAGCAGCCCUGUUCUCAUCAGUGUGUGAACAUGGCAGGCAGCUACCACUGUGUGUGUAGAGAGGGCUACAGGCUGGCAGGAGACACACACUCCUGUGAGAACCUUCCUCCUCCUCCUGCCUCUUCCACCCACCCCAGUCAAGAAGCAGCAAACGAUCACAGACCCCCCUCCAGUGAUACAGGUGGAGGGUAUGGGCUGACUGAGAACGUCACAGAGGAGGUCCAGAGCCUGAAGAACAGAGUAGAGCUGCUGGAGCAGAAGCUCCAGUUGGUCCUGGCCCCUUUCACCAGUCUGUUCCCCAUGUCGCUGGACGAGGGCGUGUCUGAGAGAACCAGCUUCCUGUCCCACUCCUUCCAGCAGCUGGAUCGCAUCGACUCGCUCAGCGAACAGGUCGGCUUCCUCGAGGAACGCCUCGGAACCUGUUCCUGCCAAGAGAAUGAAACAACAGGACUGGGUCACCCUCACCAACCAGAUAUCUCCACACAAGUCUGAGUCCACAACAAUAACAGUAGGAAUGAAUGCCCCAGCCCAGCAAUAUGGGAGGAUGAGGAAGAACAUUAGUAGAACAUAGGCCUAUUCAGUGUUUGUGUAUUCCUGUUCCUAUACCAGCCCAAAGGCCAACUCGAACACUAGCUCUAUGAUGGGCAACCCUGUCAUGUGCUAUAUGUCAGUGACACAUACAACCCAUUUACGUGUCCCUUUCCUUCACUCCCAACAGCAUAAUUUCAUGUUAUUGCUAUAUUACGGAGACAUAGAAGAGCAUAUAGCAUCACCACCUGUGACGGUUACAGGGGCCUCAUUCUCCCAUUAGCACAUUACCUGAGAGUCAAAGUUCAAACUGCCAAUUUCACUCUGAAGUAUCUGGUUUCCAUGUUUUAGGUUCACAUCAGUCCACUGUCAGAGCCCCCAUGGUGGGGUUCGCAUGGACAUCUGUAUUUAUGUAUUUAAGUUAGAAUUCCUUGUGCUUAUUUCAUAGAGCUACAAUAGACAGUUAAAAAAAUUUUACCUUGUUUUGUAACCUUUUGUAAUAAAAUUGAUUAAAUCAAAAAUGUC